AAUAUAUUUAUUUAUUUAUUUAUUUAUGUCGCGUUUUCAAUCCUUCUCUCUACUUUCUCUCCAAACCGCUGAUCUAAAUCUGACCGUCCAUUUAAAUCCUCCCGCAUUUCGUCGAUCGGCGCACAUUCGCCGUGCCUCCGCCGCGAUGACGACAGCGCCGCCGAAGCUCCACCACACGACGAUGUAAUUUCCUAAAUUCAGGUUUGAAUUUGUGUUAUUCGUCGUUUUAACGGAGUAAUUGGAUAUUUGGAUUCGAUUUCAAAAGUUUAAUCAGAGGCGAGGGGGAAUUUUUCCGGCGACGUUGAAAAUUGGAGUCUGAUUUUGUGAAUGACGAAGCAAUUUGUGCUUCAUCCGGCGGCUUCGAGAGUGGACCGGCGGUUCCCGUUGCUGGCGAGCGAGAAUUACUCCUCCUCGCGAGGAAGAACCGGUCGGAAAGUGAGGAUGGCGGAGGUCGCCGGCGGAACUGCAGCGGAGUGCGCGGCGGUGUGUUGCUGUCCUUGCAGCCUGUUGAAUCUCGUGGUGCUCGCCGUGUACAAGCUGCCGGCGGCGAUUUUCCGGAAGGCUUUGAGGAGGAAGCGCCGCCGCAGGCUGCUGCCGAGAAAAUACGGUUACGACGAGAAGGAAAUCGGAAUCGUCAACGGAGCUAUUUCUCCGGUCGGAGUGGUGAACGACGAAAAUAAGGCGGUGGUGGAGCUCGACCGGGAGAUGUUCGAGAAGUUUUCCGGCGGCGGUUUCUGGCGGAGCUCUUCCCGGAAAAGUGAGCUGUAAAAAAUCAACGGUUAAUGUUAAAGUUACUGCCACGUCAUUUGCUGCAGGGAAAUUAAUUGUUAUUACUAUUAUUAUUAUU